AUGGAGAAAGUAUCAGAGUCGGUGUUUGUGGGUAUGUGUCAGAUAGUGGGAACCUCACAACAGAUUGCAAUUAGAAGAGCGUCGGUUGGUUUAUCGGAGAUAGUACAGAAAGGGGUAGCAAAUAACGAUAUAAACAUAAUAAUGAUGAGUGGCAGCCAUAGAGAAGGGUUCAGAAUGGUGGGAUCAGAUAUAGACUACAUGAUCUGGCCAAACAACCACCGAGUGAUCCUGGACCUUUCUCAGUCUGAGUUUUACAACACAGCCAUUACAACAUUGAUUCUCUCUGACAAUUCUGAGAGUCCACCAGGAUUUACAUUACUUCAGUUACUGACACCGCGAACAAACGCUUUAGUCCUAUCAACAUUAGUCAGAAUGAACGACAAUGUCUACAUAUCAAGUUCGAGACACAGACAAGAAACUCUCUCAAAUCCAUUUCCUAAUUCUACUAUUCAUGGACCUUGCAGUAGCGGGGUAGUCAUAGGCGUUAAUUAUGACAUAGCCCACUGUUACGUAUGUGACGUUUGGCCUACUUAUGCAUUAUCAUGGAAAGAAAGAUGUCACUCAUGGCCUAAUCCUUACGUUGUUGAUGAUAUCCUAAAAAGCGAAUGUCACUUUGUAGCUAUAGGACACCCGUUAGGACUCCACGAAAAUGAAGAAUGGAGAAUUUCUUUCUCUCAGGCAGAAUACAAAUGUGUGCAGGCGAUGAAUCACUGUCAGUUUCUGACUUAUGGAUUGUUAAAACUCUUUUUAAAAGAAGUUAUAAACGAGCAAUCUGAAGAAACCAGUCAAUUAUUGUGUUCAUAUCAUAUAAAGACAGCAGUUUUCUGGGCAAUUCAGCAAAACACACUACUUAAAUGGUGUCCACAAAAUCUUCUGGUCGGUUUCUGGUCUUGCUUUAAACUUCUUCUUAAAUGGGUUUAUGAGGGAAUAUGUCCAAACUUUUUUAUCCCACAAAACAACUUAUUUUUGGCAAAGGUUUAUGGUUCGAUACAGAUUAUUUUGUUUCUACAGUUGCAAGAGUUAUACAAAAAAGGUCUGACCUGUCUCUUACAGAGUUCGACUAUAAGAUCACACAUCAUUAAUGUCCUAUACAAUCCUAUACUUUUAAUUUGCAUAGAUGAAAAUGUUAUAUCGGAUGAAAUUAAGAAUGAUGCAGAACAUAUCAACGAGUUUCUUAUUCCGUUGCGCCUCAAGGCCCCAUGUAGCUACAUCAAAGCCAUACAGAUAAUAGAACAUUUGGUUUAUUCUUCAUUGACACACUAUGAAUUUGCAAGUUUACAAAGACUUACGGUUAUCAUCAUUCAGUGUACUGCUUUUUAUCUUUACAAUAUGUCUGCUAACAAAAGCGUCAACAAACAGCUGUACAUUUUUGACAAAAUAGCGUGUCACAUUCUGAAAUUCGCAGCUAAGUUUGGAUGUAUUUCUGACCCGUUGUACAUUGCCAUGUAUUAUUACAAUUCACUCAGAUACAAGGAAGCAGCUUCUGUUAUAAAAAUGACAAAGAUCAGACACAUUGAUACAACAUUAUCACAAGCAGCUCUGGAUGAACUACAGAUCCUAGUCCACCAUGAUCAGGGAGAUAUUCCACUACAAGAUUCUAUAUCAUUGAGGUCCUGGACAAUCCUAGACUUUUGA